UGUAAUACUUCAUCAAUUCUUUGUGUAACAGUUUUGUGCUGUAUUUAUCGCGUAACAAGAUGGGAAGCCUUUUCAACACCCACCCCAAGAAUUUUGGCCAAGGUAGUCGCGAGUGUCGCGUCUGCUUCAACCGUCACGGUCUCAUUCGCAAGUACGACUUGAACAUGUGCCGUCAAUGUUUCAGGGAGCGUGCUAACCUUAUCGGUUUCCACAAGUACUAAUUCACUUGGUACUUGAUCUAACUUUGAAAUCAAUUUGGUUUGAAAGUAGUU